AUGGCCACCACAAACAGACAGAUGCCUGUGUACUUUCUAGGCAUCGGUGGACCCAAUUUUAUGGAAAACACGCAACAUCCUGCAUACGCGCAGUUGACCUCGGUCGGCCACGAAAUCACCACACUUGUCAAGCCUAAGGCAAUUGUGGUCUUCUCGGCGCACUGGCAAGCGAGUUCAGACACCAUCGCAAUCAAUGCAGCUGCGAAUACGAACAUCAUCUACGAUUUUCACGGCUUUCCGAAGCACUACUACGAGUUCGAAUACCCCAACAAGGGAAGCCCGGAGAUCGCAGACAAAGUGGCUGUUCUUUUGGGAAACCACGGUGUCAAGGUGGAGAAGGUGAAGCGCGGGCUGGACCAUGGUGUAUGGGUGGGUUUCAUAGCUGCCUUCGAUCCGAAGAAGAACCCGCUGAACGUACCGAUCGUGCAAGUCUCGCUCUUAGACAACGAGAAUGUGGAUGAGCACUACCGCUUGGGUCAAGCGCUGCAAAGCCUACGGGACGAAGGCGUCCUCAUCGUAGGCGCUGGUAUGGCCGUUCAUAACCUGUAUGAUUUUCGCGCCAUGAGAGGGUCAGGGGCAACGAUGCCAUACGUCUACACCUUUGACGAAGCACUGAGAGAAGCAGCGAUUGCGCCACCAGAGGAACGCCAGGCUAAGAUGGCGGCCUUGUUGAAGCGCGACGAUGCAAUCAAGGCGGGGCCUACGUUGGAGCAUCUGCUCCCAAUGUAUGUUGUAGCUGGAGCAGCUGGAGGGGACGUCGGAGAGCGGCUGUGGACGCUUGCAGAGGGGAGUUUGAGUUGGGCACAGUACCGAUUUGGGAAGGUCGAGGAGGCUCAAGCAGGGUUGUAG